UGGGUAGUUGGUUCCACAGAGACUUCACGGUAGUGCAGACGGGACGGCCAGCGAGACCGCGCGGCGCCGCAGAACCAGUGGACAGGCCAGGGUCGGACAGCAGGUACCAUGACGAGGGCACUCGCACGUGCAGCCGAUGGGGUCGCCCGCGCCAUCUCCGCAGUCGCACUAUGCAGCUGCGUGCAGAUGGCGCUCGCUCAGGCGCAGCCGCAGAUCCAGCAGGUGACGCCGCCCUCGCAGCAUGGCGAGGGCCCACACUGGGACUGUGGGCAGAACAUGCUGUACUACGUGGACAUCAGCGGCCAGAUGCUGCACCGCUACGACCCGGCCACCAAGGACCUAAAGGCAGUGCGCUUUGACGGGCCCGUGAGCCCCGUGGUGCCGGUGCUCGGGACCCUGGACCAGCUGGUGGUGGGCGUGGGCACGGACCUGGUGCUCGUCACGGUGGACUGGGGCGCCCAGGGCGUCGAGCCGCACGUCAACCAGACCGUCACCCUGCUGGCGUCCGUGGACCGCGACAAGCCCGACAACAGGUUCAACGACGGCAAGGCGGACCGCGCCGGCAGGCUCUGGAUCGGUACAAUGGGUCCGGAGCCGGUCGUGGGCCAGGUGACGCUGGGCCGCGGGUCGUUGUACCGCUUCCAAGCCGCCAACUCGUCGGUGCGCGGCAGCGAACACCUGGAGGUGGAGAAGGUGCUGUCCCCGGUCGACAUCUCCAACGGCCUGGCCUGGAACGACAUCGAGACGCUCAUGUACUACAUCGACACGCCCAGUGGACGCAUCGAUGUGUUCGAUUUCGACCCGGACAAGGGGACGAUUGCCAACGGCCGUCCCGCCUUCGACCUGAGAGCCAACAACAUCACCGGUCACCCAGACGGAAUGACCAUGGACGCAGACGGCAACCUGUGGGUGGCCUGCUUCGACGGCGGUCAGGUGAUCAAGGUGGACCCGGUGGCCGGGCGGCUCCUGCAGCAGGUCCCCAUCCCGGCGUCACGCGUCACCUCGGUGGUGUUCGGGGGCCGCGACCUGUCCACCUUGUACGUCACAACCAUGAACAAGGGCCUGUCGCCGGAGCAGCUCAGGGAGCAGCCGGCCGCGGGGUCGGUGUUUGCUGUAACGGGACUCGGCACGACCGGCCGCCGACCGGGCAGUCGCAAGGCUGUCGUGCGGAGGUAGAGGGUAGUGCUAGCGACAAGACAGUCAAUGCUUUUCUUUAUUUAUUGCCCCUACCAAAAUAUGAACACCACUUACACUAACAGUAAUUGAGAAACAACAACAUGAAGGUGAAUCAAUCACAUUGACUGGGCACACACACACACACACACGCGCGCAGUUCAAGGCGGACGGAUAUGCAGGAGGGAAGACUCCACAAAGGUUGGAAUACAACUCCUGCUCACUCCGAUGGGUAUAGCAGUAGAAACAUUCAAUGCAGACAAAAGAUAUCGGUAUCAAUUAAUGAAUCAUUAAAAAUAUUGUGGAAUGAUGGAAGGUAACAAAACGAGCAUUUGUAAAUAAUGAUAAUAAUAAACAAAAAUACAGACACAAUUUUUUAUACUGUAAAUCCAAGAUAUUUGAGAUUAAAAGAAUCAGGCUUAUAAAUCUAAUAAAGACACUGCCCAAAAAAAAUAUUUAAAAAAAAUUC